AUGUCCUCCCCCUUGGCCCGCUAUGAAUCUUUUCUCGUCGCCCAUGUCUCCACCAUAUCCUCGCUCGAGUCCACCUUGAGGUCCGUUACGUGGCUGCUCCCCGGCAGGUUCAAGGAUGCCGAGCUUGCCUCAGAAGCACUCUCUGCCGUCCUGAACGUCAUGAGCAUGUACCAUGAUACCCUUCUCGCCAAGGUCGGCCAGUCGGAUCCCAAGUACAAGCCUCUGCUCCCUUCCUCCCCACACACGCGUUUCACUCGCGCGUGGUCCGAAAAGGAUUCGCGUUACAAAUGGAUUGGCCGUGCGUUGGAGUUGAUUCGGUUCACCGAGCUGCUCGUCGAGAUGGGUCUCCGGAGGAAGGUCUCGCGACAGACGCGUUGGCGAGGAAUUGUCAUGCUCGAGCUGCUCAAAGCGCUGCUCCGCCUCAUUUUGCUUCGGAUCACACGUCGACCGUUGCUUUCCCCACUCGUCCCGGAGCGCGAAUUCGACCCCGAUAGCAUCCCUGACCGAUCCGACACCUCCUCGCCUACGUUGGUUGCCAGUUCCCCCCCGCCGUCCUUGCCCUCGACUCCUGAGCACCUCAAGAACAACCAUAUCGCUCUUCCCACUCACCCCCUCUUGACCCCUCCUCCCCCCACCCACUCCCCUGUUCCCGUCGAAGCGUACCUGCUCCCCAAGGCUUUAACAACCACGUCCGUGAAGGCACCCACUUCGCUGGUGAAGCCUCUGGCCAACCCCAAGGAAUGGCUCUCGGAGGUCAUCUACGUCCUCCGCCCUCUUGUAUACGCUACCAUGCUGUCGAAGGGGCGCAAGGAUACUAGGCCUCUCGUCACUGUUCUGGCCAUGGAGCUAAUUGCGCUCAACCUCCGCCGUGUGCCGAGCCCGUCAGCUGCGCUUGAGCGCUCCGAGUACGCUAGGAGGGACCGGGACAUCGUCUGGUACCUCCUGAGAGGUUCUAUCUGGGACUCAUGGACGAGGCCCAAGUUGGAUAACUUUGCGAACACUACUGAAAGCAUGCCGUUCAUUGGUAUCUUCAGCGCGUUCGUGAAAGACUGGAUCCCGCUUAUCGACGAGUACUACUACUAUACUGCACCAUAA